AUAUCUCUUUCUCUCAAUGCCUUCAUUUACCCCCUUUCUUUCUCUCAUUAACAACCCUAAUUUUUUUCUCUCACUCACCGCUAUCAGAGCUUGGGUUUAGUGGUAGAAAGGUUCGAUCUUUGAAAGGAAGAGGGUCCAGUAGUGGAAAGCUUUAGUCUCUUCUAAUCUCUUCCUCUCUUGAAGGUCUAGUCCUCACUCCUUUGUAGCUCUUGUUCAUACUCAGGAACUCCAAACAAAUGGACUCAAUGAGGAGAAGGUGUAUAAACAAGAGAUUGAAACCCAAUCCUGAAGGUCAAGACUUUAUUAGCAACCUACCUGAUUUCAUUAUUGGUCUGAUUCUCUCGUUGCUUCCAACAAAAGAUGCAUUUCGUACCAGUGUUUUAUCCAAGAGAUGGAUAAACCUCUGGAUGUUCAUCACUGCAGUAGAAAUUAAGGAUAAAGAACAACUCUCUCGCAAAAAGAUAAGGAAAAUCCCCUUCUAUAAAUUUGUGAAUAAAGUACUACUUCAUCUAGAGAGUUCAAGCAUCCAAAGUUUCUCUCUUUCUCUUUCACAGAGUUAUAGACAUUGCCGUGUUGAUAAGUGGAUUAAUGAUAUUUUAAUAAAUCUGAGAGUCAAAGAGCUUUACAUCAAUUCGAAGCAAAAUCUCAGCAUUUCUUGCCAUACCCUUUUGGAAUCCCCCUCCUUAGAGGUAUUGAUGCUGAAUAUGAAUUGGUAUUCUAUCACUCUUCCCACCUUUGUUUGUCUUUCAUCCCUCACUGUCCUCAAGUUCUCCAAAAUCACAGUGACCUGUGACCCUUUCAAGUCGCAAAUGUUGACCCUUAACUUCCCAGUCCUUAGGGAGUACUUGACAGAAGAUUGCAAUUGGUCAAAUGUAAAGGGUGUCACAUUAGAAGUGCCUCUUCUUGAAGUGCUUUCAAUUAAGUAUUCAAGAUUCCCAAUAUCUAAAGAGUCGAAUACUGUAAUCAAGUUUUGUGCCCCGUGUCUUGCGAAAUUCUAUUAUUAUGGUCUUCUGUUACCAGACACCAACUCGUUAGACCUAUCUAUAGGACAUAUUGCUUAUGCUCAUAUUGAUAUUUGUCCGUUCAUUUAUAUGGGGAGUGCAGAACAAAUGGCGCUUAUUGCUUGUGAGCUUUUGAAAAAGUUCAAUAAUAAUGUGGAAUGUCUAACGUUUCAGUGGCCAGAGAUUGUUGCACCGGCUAAGCUUCCUACUUUUCGAAUGUUGAGUUGUUUGGAGUUAGGGUAUCUUACGGGUGUAGUUUUGUUGAACUUCCUUCGAAACACGCCAUUUCUGAAGACUCUUGUUAUUUUAAAGGGCAUAUAUCAAUUUGAUGAAGAACUCAGUAAUCCUGAUAAUGUGCCGUCAUGUUUUAUGUCUAAUCUUCAAGUGGUGAAUUUUGGAGCUCUAAAUGGUAAAAAACACGAGCUGCGUCUUGCUAAAUUUAUAAUGGAUAAUGCUAAAGAGUUGCAGAGGGUGAGUUUCAGUGCUGCUAGGAAUAUGCACAGGUCAAAAUUUGAAAAGGUUAAAAAGAAGAUAAUUUCGUUUAAGAAAAGUGUUAGUGUUGCGGUAAUAGAUUUUCUACCCCUUCAUAAUUAGUUUGCUGGAGCAUUUUAGCUUAGGGGUUAGACUGCAAUAACAUUUCACAUGUUUAUUAUAAAUCAUAGUUUAUGUGCACUUCGUGUUUCUCUUAAGCAUAUUGAUUUUCUAUUUA